AUGAGCUCACUAUAUCGCUCUGCAAUUAGUGCCCGAAUAGCAAAGUUACCACAGCUACCACCAAGCUACGAGGACGAUGAUGAAAAAUCCGAGAUUACUGAUGGAAUCGGCGAACUCUCGACUGGCAUGGGGCCACCUCCACUACCACGGCCAAGCACAUCAACCCGAAAGCCAAAGCCACCAAAUCCUGAAUUCAAACCAUUAAGUCCUGCUUCAUACUUUUCUCAGGCAUUGCAGAUAUCGCUCCCUACCCGAGCCCUUGACGUUCGGGUGUAUUACACUCCUCCGAAGUACGACAAUGGAGGUGUCAUAGUAUUCCACCACGGUGCAGGAUAUGCGGGUACAAGCUUUGCAUGUCUCGCGAAAGAGAUAAGUGAGGUCAUGAGGGAUAAUGUCGGUGUCCUGGCCUUUGAUGCCAGGAGACAUGGAAAGACAACAUCAUCUCAGUCUGAUGAAGACCUUUCGAUAAAUGUCCUUGUUGAUGAUUUUUGUGCUCUGAUACAGACGAUUUACCCAGAUGUGACAGCAGCUCCAAAUUUAAUGCUUGUUGGACACAGCAUGGGGGGAUCUGUCUGCGUUCGCGCCUGUCCCAUACUUCAACAAUGCAAAUAUAAUAUCGCAGGAGUGGCCGUUUUGGAUGUGGUAGAAGGCACAGCAGUCGAAGCGCUGCCUCAUAUGCACGCGAUUCUUAAUUCUCGACCCGAGGGUUUCGAUAGCGUCGAAGAAGCAAUCGAGUGGCACGUCAAUACGGGCCUUAUCCACAACCCCACUUCUGCUCGUGUUUCGAUUCCAUCUAUCGUCGUUCCUACAGAUUCUCCUCUUACGCCUAGCACACGCGCACAUAUUGGAUUCAAAUACAAGUGGCGUACACCACUCCGGUCGACGGCGCCAUACUGGGACAGUUGGUUCCCGUCGCUGUCGUCUCUAUUCCUCGGGCUUCGCUCCGCACGGCUCUUAGUGUUAGCAGGUGCAGAGCGCCUUGAUACAACGCUCAUGGUCGGUCAGAUGCAGGGCAAAUUCUGGCUCGAAGUCAUGGCUGGUUCGGGUGUAGGACAUCUCGUGCACGAGGACGAUCCGACGAAACUGGCAGAGAUUCUGGCAGAUUUCUGGAGGCGCAAUGAACGCAUCGUGGUUCGAGGUAACGUUAUCAAGGCGGUCGGGGAGGUUUAG